CGGCGCGGCCACGUGACCGGGCGCCGGCGACAGCGGUGCAGGCGGGCGGCGCGGCUGCGGAGCCGGGAGCGGCGGCGGGCGGGGUGCGGGCGCUGCGGAAAAGAAUAAUGCUUUCAGCAUGUCUGCACACUCCAUGCUUUGUGAACGAAUAGCGAUAGCCAAGGAACUCAUCAAAAGAGCAGAAUCACUUUCUAGAUCAAGAAAAGGUGGCAUAGAGGGUGGUGCAAAGCUGUGCAGCAAAUUGAAGGCAGAAUUAAAGUUCCUGCAGAAAGUAGAAGCUGGGAAAGUAGCUAUUAAGGAGUCCCAUUUACAGAGCACAAAUCUGACACACCUAAGAGCCAUUGUGGAAUCAGCAGAAAACCUGGAAGAAGUUGUUAGUGUUCUUCAUGUCUUCGGUUACAUAGAUUCCUUGGGAGAAAAGCAGACGCUGGUGGUGGAUGUGGUGGCAAAUGGUGGUCAUACUUGGGUGAAAGCCAUUGGCCGAAAGGCUGAAGCUCUGCAUAACAUUUGGCUUGGCAGGGGCCAGUAUGGUGACAAAAGCAUCAUUGAGCAGGCCGAAGACUUCCUCCAGGCCAGUCACCAGCAGCCCGUGCAGUAUAGCAACCCUCACAUCAUCUUCGCCUUUUAUAACAGUGUCUCCAGCCCUAUGGCCGAGAAGCUGAGAGAAAUGGGGAUAUCUGUGAGAGGAGAUAUAGUAGCAGUUAACUCUCUGUUAGAUCACCCUGAAGAGUUCCAACCAAGUGAAAGUGAAUCUGAUGAUGAAGGACCUGAACUUUUGCAAGUUACUAGAGUAGACAGAGACAAUAUAUUAGCAAGUGUUGCAUUUCCAACAGAGAUUAAGGUUGAUGUGUGCAAAAGAGUAAAUCUGGACAUUACUACUUUAAUCACAUAUGUAUCUGCUCUCAGUUAUGGAGGCUGCCAUUUUAUCUUCAAGGAAAAAGUACUUACAGAACAAGCAGAGCAAGAGAGGAAAGAGCAGGUUCUACCACAGCUAGAGGCAUUUAUGAAGGACAAGGAGUUGUUUGCUUGUGAAUCUGCUGUCAAGGACUUUCAGUCUAUUCUGGAUACUUUAGGAGGACCUGGAGAGAGAGAAAGGGCCACUAUGCUAAUUAAGCGAAUUAAUGUGGUCCCAGACCAGCCUUCUGAGCGUGCCUUGAACCUAGUGGCCAGUUCAAAAAUCAAUAGUCGCUCAUUAACAAUUUUUGGGACAGGGGACACCCUAAGAGCCAUCACAAUGACUGCCAAUAGUGGUUUUGUUCGAGCUGCUAGCAACCAGGGCGUUAAGUUUAGUGUGUUUGUCCAUCAGCCCAGAGCACUUACUGAAAGCAAGGAAGUUCUAGCAACUCCCUUACCAAAAGACUAUAGAACUGAUAAUCAAUACUAAUGGUAGCCUUUAAGUAUUGUCAUGGAAUAAUUUAUUUAUACCAAAGCCUGAGUCUUUAUGUCUUAAAUUGGAUGGGUGACAUGGAGGUCUAUAGAAAAAUUAAUGCUUAGAACCUUUAAGCCAGUGAAGUUAGGUGUUUCAUCUAUAAAGCAUAUAACCUGAAGUUGAAAAAAAGCUCAAGAAAAGCUUAUUGUCUGAGCAGUUAAGCAUAAAUACAUCUAUAUAUGGCUUUUAACUGUAUCAGAGUAUUUUUGUGUGAUUGGGUAGGGAUACAACGCUUUUACUGGUAAUAGCAUUUCAUGACAUGGCUACACUGCAUCUUGCAUUAAAUAUCUGGAGAGAAACCUGAAGUUUGUUUUUUAUUGUAUUGGCUUAUUAACUGAUGUGGGUUGAGGCUGGAAGGUCUACAAUUAAAUUGACUUUGUAUUUAAAAGCUGUGGCCACGGCGAUAGCUCAGAGGGCUGGAGUAUAUGGUUUGCAUAUGGGGACCUGGUUUCCCUCUCUUGGACCACAUGGUCCCCCUGAGCAUUACACUGGGCGUGUCCGUAAGCACCAUCAGGGAUGGCUCAAAAAUAAAAAAUAAAAGCAUGGCUAUUAGUAAUGAAAAAAUUAUUUUGUGUCAGGCCCAGUCUGGUGGGUAUGUUUACAAAAAUAUAGUAAUAUAGAAAAUAGGGCCAGAGAGGUAACAACAAGCUGAGCACAUGCUUUGUAUUCAGGGUUGGGUUUCCAAUCCCAAUACCAUGUGGUUUACUGAGCCCUGCUGAGUGUGGCCCCCAAAACCCCCAAAAUAAUAAUAUAGGAAAUGAAUUUUGAUCAUGUGAAUCCCACAAAUCUAUUGAUAGCCAUCUAUGCAAAGAUAAUCAUGUAACCAAACCUAGGACCUUUAUGGUGAAAUAGUAAGUUGAGUAAAUUGGUAAUUACAUAAAGAAAUUUUUAAGAAAAAAUAUUAUCCAUAUUGUAACAUUGAAUAGCACAUGACAACUGCAUUGCAAUUCUGUCAUGACAUCAGUAGAAAAGAUCCCAUUCUUGUUACAUGACAUAACUUGUAAUUAAAACACAUUUUUUGGUGUUCACAGUGCAAUUAGUGCUUCAUUAAUUUGCAACAAACCAAUUAUCAAGGUAGAUUUGUACCCACCACAUUUCAAAAAUUGGAAAAUUAAAUCUUAGAACUAAACAUACAAAAGAAACUUGAUUUACCUCUCCAUUACCUGACCUUUUUAUUGUGGAAACUCCCAACUUUGAAAAGAGAAACUAUUUUCCUCCACAACGUUGAGAAAGUAAAAUUUGAUUAAGUCUCUGAACAUUGAAAUGAAAUACAAAAAUAUAUAGAGUUUCUCUUGGGAAAGAUUUUUUGUUUGUGAAAGCAAGGUACUUUUUAUUGAAACUUAGAAAAGUAUGAGGGAGGAGAACAAGAGAUAAAUGUAAGCAAGCAAAGAGCGAGAGACAAGAUAACAUGUCCAAGGAAAACCCAGGCUUGAAGAAUAAGCCUCUCAUGGGAAAGAUUCUACUACUAACUCUAGGGAAUGUCUGAUUGGGUUCUAAUUUAGUAUAGAGAGGCAUUGGAAAGUAUAUUUGCAAGUAUUUGGUACAAGAACUGAGCUAUAAUGGGACCAUAGUGAUAGCUUACCAGGAAAGGCAUUUGCACACGGCUGACCUGGGUUCAAUUCCCAGGCAUCCCAUAUGGUUUCUGAACCCUUCCAGGAGUGAUCUGUGAGUGCAGAGCCAGGGAUUGUCCUGAGCAUAGUUGGGUGUGACACCAAAGCAAAAACAAACUAAGGGACUGGAGGCAGAUAACUGCUCAGCAGUUGAACACUUGCCUUGCAGGUAUAAGGCCCUGGAUUCAAUCCUUGAUUCUGCCAAAAACAGAAAAAAAAAAAGGAGGGCAGAAAAAUGAACGAUUAACUUUUGCUGUAAGGGCUGCUUGGUUUAAAAUGGAGGUAAACAACUGAAAAUAGUAAUAAUAAAGUAGAGCCAAACAAUUGAAGUAUAAUUCAUGUGCUAUGUAUUCCAAGGAAUUAUGUUUGAAAUCUUUAGGGAGAAAGUAAGGCUAAUCCAGUGGGGUCAGGAUCUGGGAGUGAGCACUGUGAGAUUUUACGAGGUGUGUACAGGGAGUGGGAUUGGAACGUACAGAAGCAUGACUAUUAAGGCCUGUCCAGAGUCUAGGCGCAUGUGGAUAGUUGUAAGCCAAGACGAAGCCAGAAAAGAGUUGUCUGAGAUUUUGAUAUUAGGGAGCCACUGUCAUUUCUAGAAAAGUCUGGGUGGAUGAUGUGGUCCCAUUUGCUGCUCCCUGCGGUGGUCACAGGUUGGCAGUGCAGGAGGAGGCCUGGGCCACUUCCGUGUCACCUGUGCACAGGAGGUGAGCAUGGCCCCACAGCAAGGAAGAGCCAGAGCGGACAGCUGGGUUCCGCUAAGCCCUGCCAUUGGGAGAUCAGGGCCAGCUUCCCCGCCUGACAAAAAAUGUGCAAGGGAAAGGGAAGAGGACAGCCAAGGGAGAGCAGGUGGAAUACAAGAAGUCGCACCUUCAGAGAACGCAGACACCUUAGCCCAGGACACCAGCGGCCUGAGCUCCUUGGACAUGUCCUGCACCCCUACACACAUCCUAAAACCUCACACAGC